CACACUUUCUUGACUUUAACUUUUCUCGUCUUCCUGGCGCAAAAGUCCUCCUCCGUUGUGGGGGCAGGUGUGAAGGUACUAGGUGGUGGAGAUGAGGCCGCGGGUGGAACAACAUCAGGAGCAUAUUGCAGUGAAAAAUGCCCCCAGCCCCAAAGUUGCAAAAAUUUGUGAUGCGAAGUUUCCCAAUGAAAACUUUUUGCCAUGCAUGAAAGGAGUAUGAAUCUUUCUGAUGUAGAUUCUAUUCGUGUAUCGCAUCGCUUGCAUGACAAACGUCACUCUUGCUGGGGUCUUUUGCAAUACAAAUUUUUGCUAUUCACGAUUGGAAGCCUGUGAUGCUGAUAGAUGCAAGAAGGCAAAUUUUUGAUUUGGAAAGGUUUGCAAUACAAAUGCUCCCAAGUUCGGGGGUGGGGGCUUUUUUCCUUUUGAUAGAGCACGACCCUUGGUCGUGGAGGACCACGACGUGCCUAGUGCAAGAACAAGAACUCAUUCUGUGGAACAAGUGGUCACAGAACCUGCAGGAACAUCAACGACUGUGGUCCCUACAAGAGCCACCUCCUGUGAACCACGAGAAGGACCACGACUAGAAGAGGACCCAGGAGUAGAUAUUACAGGAGUUGUAGACGCAUGUAGGUCAUCAUCAUCAUCAUUUCCAUUGGCAACAGCUACACCGUCCGAACUGCGUCCUGCCACACCGCCCGCGGAAAG